AGCAGAAAAACUGGUCGUCAAAAAACAGUCAGAGCAACAGCUUAAAAUGUCUCUUUGCUGAUGCAAAAUGCUUUCACACAGCACUUAAUUAUUUGCUUGUGUUACAGAAAGCAAUAGACCUUGCUAACAAGGCAGCGCAAGAAGAUAAAGCAGGAAACUAUGAGGAAGCCUUCCGCUUGUACCAACAUGCUGUGCAGUAUUUUCUCCAUGUUGUUAAAUAUGAAGCACAGGGUGAUAAAGCAAAACAGAGCAUUAGAAUGAAAUGUACAGAAUACUUGGACAGAGCAGAAAAGCUGAAAGAAUAUCUGAAAAAGAGAGAAAAAACUACACCAAAACCAGUUAAAGAGUCUGGUCCUACUGAUGGAAAAGGGAAUGACAGUGAUGGGGAAGGGGAGUCAGAGGACCCUGAAAAAAAGAAGCUACAGAAUCAACUUCAAGGAGCAAUUGUUAUGGAGCGACCAAAUGUAAAAUGGAGUGAUGUUGCUGGCCUCGAAGGUGCCAAAGAAGCACUUAAAGAAGCAGUGAUCUUGCCCAUUAAAUUUCCACACCUAUUUACAGGAAAGAGAACACCCUGGAGAGGGAUUCUCCUGUUUGGACCACCAGGAACAGGAAAGUCUUAUUUAGCAAAAGCUGUCGCAACAGAAGCAAACAACUCUACUUUCUUCUCAGUAUCUUCCUCUGACCUUGUCUCAAAGUGGUUAGGAGAAAGUGAAAAACUAGUGAAAAACUUGUUCCAACUUGCCAGAGAAAACAAACCUUCUAUUAUCUUCAUUGAUGAGAUAGAUUCCCUCUGCGGGUCAAGAAGUGAAAAUGAAAGUGAGGCUGCUAGACGGAUAAAAACAGAAUUUCUAGUCCAGAUGCAAGGCGUUGGUGUUGACAAUGAAGGAAUCUUAGUCUUAGGAGCGACAAACAUACCCUGGGUUUUGGAUUCUGCUAUCAGAAGAAGGUUUGAGAAGCGUAUCUAUAUUCCUUUACCUGAAGACCAUGCCAGGGCCGCAAUGUUCAAACUUCACCUUGGGUCAACGCCAAAUCUCCUAACAGAAUCAGAUUAUCGAGAGCUUGGAAAGAGAAGUGAUGGCUAUUCUGGUGCAGAUAUAAGCAUAAUUGUACGUGAUGCACUGAUGCAGCCUGUUAGAAAAGUGCAAUCAGCUACUCACUUUAAAAAAGUAAAAGGACCAUCAGUGUCUAAUCCAAAUACGAUGGUAGAUUUGUUCACCCCUUGCUCUCCAGGUGAUCCUGAAGCCAUAGAAAUGACAUGGAUGGAGGUUCCAGGUGAUAAAUUACUGGAACCUCAAGUUUCCAUGGCCGAUAUGCUCAGGUCACUAGGCAGCACAAAACCAACAGUUAAUGAACAGGACCUGGAGAAGUUAAAGAAGUUUACAGAAGACUUUGGUCAGGAAGGCUAAACCAAAGAUACAUGUGGAGCAUCAGAACUUUUUUUUGUUUUCUUAAGUAUUCUUCUUGUGUCUUUAUUGAUGAUGGCACUUCAAAUAAAAUCACUCCUUUCUUACUCUGCAGAAGGAAUAGAAGAUACCUUUGCAAAGUCCCUUAAGCUUUUGUAUUGUAUUGUUUUCCUCAGAUGUCUAUUAAAUGUCUUCUAUUGAAAAAUGAUAUGAAAAUACAAUUUUAGGGUGAGACAGCAAAGUGAUGUGGUAACACCUAUUAAAUACUAGAAAACUUUAAAUGAUUAGUUCAAUUUUAGGUAUUAUAUUAGACCUGGGUACAAGUAAGUUUUA